CAUCAAAAUUUAAUCCAGAUCAGAAAGCUACUUCCUCAGCCCAUCUCCAUUCAGUAGUCAAGUCAGGUUCUCUCCAGGACUGUUUACUCACUUCUCAAUCAACCCUACUUGUUAUUUCCCAGAGGGGGUAUAAACCUCACAUGGGCAUCUAAAUUAAUUACAACAGUGACCUAAAACGGGGAAGGGGAGAGAAGCCAUUUGCUUACCUUCACCAGUAUUUUCAGUAUAUUUGUUCCCAGUUAUAGAUGUCAGGAAAAUCUGACUCCCAGAGUGACAGACUCAGAGAAGAAUAUACACACACAGCUCAAGACCUUCAAUCAACAUCCCUUGCCUUAGUAAUAAAAACCUCCCCGCAUUCCUGGCUGGUAGCACAAGGGUUAAAACCAAUCGAGCACAGAGUGCUGGACAGGCAUCAAGGUGGUUGCUGUAUCACUACAUUAUCAGUUGGGGGAAAAUACAGAGAACAGAAUCGUCUGUCCACGGAAUGUUUCCUUCCCAUGCUUCUGCCACAAUGAACACAAGGAAAGCAGACACUGCCCUCUUGUUACUCUUGGUCUCGGUGCUGGCAGCAGGGUCCCAAUCUCCCAGCAGAGAAGCAUCCAAGGAGCAGCCUGACACAGAGCUCCUAAAAUGCCCCAGCUCAUGUGCCUGCAGCUAUGAUGACUACAGCGAGGAACUCAACAUCUUCUGCAGCUCCCGGAACCUCACACACCUCCCAGAAGACAUUCCCAGCAACGUUAAGUCAUUAUGGCUGGAUGGGAACAAUUUCCUUUCUGUGCCAGCUAUGGCCUUCAGGAAUCUUUCCAACCUGGACUUCCUUAACCUGCAGAGCAGUCGGCUGGCGAGCAUUGAGCAGCAUGCCUUCCAUGGCUUAAAGGGCCUCUACCACCUGCACCUGGAACGGAAUCGGCUGAAGCAUUUGGCACCAAACACUUUCCUUCACACACAGAACCUCGCCUCCUUGAGCCUCAACAACAACCACUUCAGCAAAAUCGAGGAAGGCCUGUUUGCUGGGCUCUCCAAUCUCUGGUACCUGAACCUUGGGUGGAACUCACUAGUGGUGCUGCCUGACAGAGUGUUCCAUAACCUGCCUAACCUGAGGGAACUGGUCCUAGCUGGGAACAAGCUGCCCUACCUGCAGCACCAAAUCUUCUGCAGUCUCAGUGAGCUGAAGGAGCUGGAUUUGAGUGGGAACUUGCUCAAGGGCAUCAAGCUCAAUAUCUUUGUCAAGCUACAGAAACUACAGAAGCUUUACCUGAACCACAACCAGAUCAAUGCAAUUGCCCCACGUGCAUUCAUGGGAAUGAAGUCCCUCAGGUGGCUAGACCUCUCCCACAAUCGUCUCAUCUUGCUCUUUGAAGAAACAUUCCUGGGCCUUUUGAGCCUGCACGUGUUGCGUUUAUCCAGUAAUUCAAUCACCAGCCUGAGGCCAAGGACUUUCAAAGAUCUCCAGUUCCUGGAGGAGCUGCAGCUGGGACACAACAGGAUCAGGAGCCUGGUAGAAAGGACUUUUGAUGGGCUAGGCCAGCUGGAGGUCCUUACACUGAACAACAACCAGAUUCAAGAGAUCAGGGUGGGGGCAUUCCUUGGACUCUUUAACGUCGCAGUGAUGAACUUGUCUGGUAACUGCCUCAAGGCACUUCCUGACUAUGUCUUUAAGAGCCUAACCAAACUGCAUAGCCUUCACCUGGAAAACAGCUGUCUCAGCAGAAUCAGGCCACAAACUUUCUCCAGCCUUUCCUGCCUCCGGAGGCUCUUCUUGCAGCACAACACCAUAUCCAUGAUUGAAGACCAGAGUUUGAAUGACCUGCAUGAUCUUUUGGAGUUGGACCUUAAGCACAACAGGCUGACCCAUCUCUCCCCCAACAUGUUUGUAGGCCUGAAUAACCUGGAAUACCUUCUCCUUUCCUCCAACCAGCUCUUGGAGAUCUCUCACAACGCUUUCAGCCCACUUCAGCGUCUCGUCUGGCUCGACCUCUCCAACAACCAUUUGGAGAUGCUGGACAACACCACAAUUACCCCCUUAGCAAACUUGCGGUAUCUUAGUAUCAGAAACAAUUCUCUGGAAACCUUCUCAGUUGGUUCUCUGGGCCCUUCACCUGUGCUGGAGCAGCUGUGGCUGGAAGGAAACAAGUGGCACUGUAAUUGCUCACUGAAGGAACUGAGAGACUUUUCCUUGCAGCAUCCCACAGUGGUUCCACGUUUUGUACAAUCCCUUACGGAGGGGGAUGAUUCCCACACACCCGUGUACGUGUACAACAACUUGACCUGCCUAAGCCCACCAGACCUGGCAGGCCUUGACCUGAGAGAAAUCAGUGAAGAUCACUUUGCUCACUGCUAACUAACACAUUUCCUCUUUACAGAGGACUUUCUGCUUUCUAUAGUUGGCAGCAUUAGACACAUACUUGCACAAGUUCAGGUAGAAUCUGGAGAACUACUUUCCUAUGGGCUAAUAAGUAAAAAGGUAUAGCUAUCUGGCAUCUCAACCACCUUCCCUGAUCUCUUUACCAAGCUCACCAGGGUAGCAGUCCAAAAUAGCAUGUUCCACCAUUAUCCAAGGAGACCAAUAUGAUUGCACAGCACUCUUUAGCUUUCUCUCUCCAUGCUGUACCAUUACUAUAUUUGUAUAGCUGCAGUUUUCAACAGAACCAGCAUACCAGCUUUGGCUGAGCAGCCGGGGUAAACAGGUUCUUUGGACUUUGCAAUUACCUUUGGGCUAUUUGAACUUAGCAUUGUGAUUCAGAGCCAGCAUUCCUUUGCCCAGCUCUGAAAAGUGAAGGAAAGAAUGGGUGUGUGAGAAGUUAUGAGUGGACAGGAGCUUUCUCUGAGGGCUGUUUUCCAAUUCCAAAAUUAAAACUGAUUUUAAAGAACCCAAACAAAUGAUCAUAGUACAAUAAGAGUCUGACUGAAAAGCCAACCUGAAAGGGUAUUGCCACUAAGGUCCAGCAUUUCGGUCUCACUCCUGAGCUGGGAGCAAUGGAUAGGCAACCUGUCUAGCCACCAAGGAGCAAGGAACAUCUCAUAUUAGUUUUUUGUAGCAACCACUCCUGGUUAGCAGAGGUGCUGUUGUCAAUGGAUCAUGGAGACAACCCUCCUUAAUGGAAAAAUAUCACUGCAACAUGAGGACCUCAGGCUGGGGAGAGCAAAUGGAGAAACCAAGAUCCUCUUGAGCUAGGGGAGGAAAGUCUGGGCCACAGUGCUCAUUAGUGGGAAUGCUGAUAAAGUUAAAUAUCAUUGCCCCAGAAUCAGCCCAGUUGUGACUAGGUAAUGCAAGCAGGGGCUUCAUCCCAUCUGUACUGCAGUAGCUUGGAGCAGUGGUUGUCAACCUUUUCCAUUCUGUGUGACCCUGCGUUGCAAUGCAAAAAAGUUUCAGGAACCCAUAAAGCAUUCUGUGAUUGUACAACAUCAAACACAAUGGGGCCUGAUCCAUAACUAGGGCCUCAGGUGCUACCAUAAUGGAAAUAAUAAAGGGAGGAUGACCAUGACCCCCACAAAACCUGUUCUUGAAUUCCAGUUGAGAAUCCAUGGCUCACAGGAGAGGAAGUCAAGGGCAGAGCCUCAUCAGUAAUAUCUGGUCACUGAAGCCAGGUAUCGUGUAAAGCUUAGGGAAAAGGCUUGAAAAACAGACACCCGACCUGUAAUUUUAGGAGAGCAGAGCGCACAUGAAAAUGGGUUACUGGAAUGGGUUACCUAGGGAGGUGGUGGAAUCUCCUUCCUUAGAGGUUUUUAAGGUCAGGCUUGACAAAGCCCUGGCUAGGAUGAUUUAGUUGGGGAUUGGUCCUGCUUUGAGCAGGGGGUUGGACUAGAUGACCUCCUGAGGUCCCUUCCAAUCCUGACAUUCUAUGAUUCUAUUCUAUGACAAACUUUUAACAGCUCCUUGCAAUGGCAGAUUUAGGCAGGUUUAAGAAAAGCCAUGCACAUCAACUCCCUGAUAAAUCACAGCAAGCAAAUAAACCUUUGGAGCUACUGCUGCUCAUCUUGUGAUUUUUUUUUUUUUAAUUUUGUACCUCAACUAGUUAGAAUUCUUAUAAAAAAAAGAGUUGUGCUUGUGAGCAGCAGACACUGUUUAAAGUCUCAGUCUCUUGCCAUUUCCUGCCUACCUUAAAAACCUCCACCACAAGCAAAGCUAGAGCUUGUUACAGAGAAAUUGCUUUCAGACUUCAUUAUUUAAGUUUGAUAGAUGGUUUUUUCCAAAGUGGUGAAGUGACUUAGGUGCACAAAUCCUAUUAUUUUAGUGGGACUUGUGUUCCUAAGUCUCUUAAGCAUUUCUGAGAAUCCUAUCCUGAGUUCAAUUGCAAUCAAAAAGAUGAGCGGUCUGAUCCUGCUCCCACUGGAGUCCACAAGAGUUUGCAAAAUCAGUUCCUCAAGGAGUCACACUUGGAUGCAGAUUGCCAGGCAGAUACCAGAUCACCUCGGUUGCACCCAACAGGCUAUAAAAAGGUGGAAAAUGUUAUGAAAUGAUCUCAGCCAACCAGAGUGUAGGGAUACUUGGCUCAUUACUGCCCACAGGUGUUUAAUUAUGCAAAUCCCUGCACUUAGAUUGGUAAAGGAAGGUGCUGGUUGCAAUUAUAUA